UAUAAUAUUAUCAGGCAACGCAAGUAUAUAUGGAGCAACUGUUAGAGCUUCAUAGAGGUCAGGGAAUGGAUAUUUUUUGGAGAGAUAAUUUUAUCUGUCCAACUGAGGAAGAUUACAAGACUAUGACAAUAAGAAAAACUGGUGGGCUCUUCAAUUUAGCGGUAAGAUUGAUGAAACUGUUCUCGACUUAUGAAGAAGAUUUUUCAUCAUUAAUAGCUACGUUAGGUUUAUAUUUUCAAAUACGCGACGAUUAUUGCAACUUGUGCCUCGGUGAGUACACCGAGAAUAAAAGUUAUUGUGAAGAUUUAACUGAAGGAAAAUUCAGCUUUCCGAUUAUUCAUGCCCUUAGAAGCAAUCCUGACGAUAGACAAAUAAUAAGUAUUGUACGACAGCGGACAAAGGACAUCGAAGUGAAACGUCAUUGCAUUAAAUUAUUAGAGAGAUUUGGCUCCUUUAAAUACACGAGAAAUGUACUUCAAGAAUUAGAUUCGACUGCAAGGACUGAAAUUGAACGAUUAGGCGGUAACCCGCUUCUGGUGAGGAUUCUGGACGAGCUCAAGAAUUGGGACACUCAAGAUGCGCCUAAGGAUCCUUUAACUGGAACGUUUUAAAUUUAAGAUUACUUAUUUUUUGUAAAAUGGCAAAAAAUAGCAUUACAUAGAUUUUUCAAAUUAUAUUAUAUAAAAUAGGUGUAAUGAAGUAAGUGGCAAAGGAAUGCUUAUACUAUAAUAUAUU